AUGUCUGACGCAGAUGAGAUUACGAAAGCUGCUGAAGAUUUCGUAAAUAGCCUGAAUACUGAAAUUGUAGUAGAUGAAGAAACUGCUAAUGGGCGUGCUAACAAUGCUGCUGAUGAAAAUACAACUAAAGUGACUGCUGUUGAAGAGGUUUCAAAAAGUGUCAGUAACGAUAGUAAGAAGGCUAGCGGAAGUGUAGAUACAGAUGGCAGUGAGAAUAGUGAACCUUUGGUUGGGAUGAAGUUUUUUUUGAAUCGUGAUUCAGAUGCGCAUGAUUCUAUCAAUGACAUUGAGCAAUUGGCUAGACUUAUUAAAUCAAAUGGUGGACAAAUUUUAGAAGACGUACCUCAAUCUGCAAAGACUAAUGUAGUAAUAGUGUCCCCCUAUAAUGAUACGAAUCUACCUACCGUCACUCCAACUUAUAUCAAAGCCUGCGUUCAAAGUAAGAAAAGAUUGGAUAUCGGUAAUUAUCUGGUGCCAUAUGACGAAUUUAGAAACGUUAUUGACACUCAAUUGGUAAAUUCAACUACCCAAAAGGAAGAAAAGAUUGGGACAGAUGACAAAACUAAUGCUGGGGAAGAAAAUAAACCAAAUGAAUCGGAUAACGAAGAUUCAUUCCAUUCGGUGACAGAUAAUAUGGAUCCACAGAUCACGGAAAGCAAUCGUAAUAAGGAAGAUAUGGAUAAAAAUGAUCGUCAGGAACAAGAAAGGUUGGAUCAAAUUAGACUUUUGGAGCAAUAUUCUAUUAUGGAAAAUCAUGAAAAUGGCGGUAGUAAUAACACUAAUAAUGCUAAUAAUGGUGAAGUAGAAGUGACGUCCCCUCCGGAUGCAAAUGUAGAACAUGCUUCACAAUCACCUAAUGACUAUCAAUCCAACAGAACAAUGCUAGCAAGAGCAAGUUUACCUUCUCAUAAUAAAGCUUCUUUCACUGAAGAUGAAGACGAUUUUAUUCUUGAUGUGGUGAGGAAAAAUCCAACAAGACGUACUACACAUACAUUGUUUGACGAGAUUUCUCAUUACGUUCCAAAUCAUACGGGUAAUUCGAUUAGGCAUAGGUUCCGUGUUUACCUUGCGAAACGGUUAGAUUUUGUCUAUAAAGUUGAUCAGUACGGUAAAUUGAUGAGAGAUGAAAGCGGAAAUUUGAUAAAAACAACCAUUAUGCCACCAUCUUUGAAAAAAAAAUUUACGGCCGACGAAGAUUAUACGUUGGCCUUGGCUGUUAAAAAACAAUUCUAUCGUGAUUUGUAUCAAGUAGACCCAGAUACUGGUGUCUCAUUGAUCAGUCAAGACGAUUCACCAAAUGCCAUCGCUAGAAGAAGUUUGACCAUGGAUUCGCAAGUGACGCCUGGUUCUGAACCUCCUUUUAGUACUUAUCAUGCCAACGAUCGUAGAGGUCCAAUAGCUAGAGAAUUUUUCAAGACUUUCGCUGAACAAAAUCCAAACCAUACUGAAAAUGCUUGGAGGGACAGAUUCAGAAAGUUUUUAUUAGUGUAUGGAAUUGACCACUACAUUGAAUACUUUGAAGAUGAAACCAAAGCUGGUAGAGAACCAGAACCAAUGAAAAAUCUCACAAAUAGGCCAAAGAGACCUGGCGUCCCAACUCCAGGAAAUUACAAUUCUGCUUCAAAGAGGGCAAGAGCCUAUCAAUCUACAACUGCUGCUGCUGCUCCCGCCACUACCACACUUGCUGGUGCCUCUACAAGCUCACAACAAGCUUAUACUAUUCCUGAAAAUGAAUUAUUGGAUGAAGAAACAAUGAACUUUAUCUCAUCAUUAAGGAAUGACCUGGUGAGGAACGAGCAACAGCUGCCGUUUGAAUAUCCGCCAGAUUUAGCAGAAGAAAUCCGUAAUGACUUUGUUAACGAAACCAACUACGAUAAUAUAGAUCCCGAUACAAUACAGUUCCCACCAGAGAUUGCCACGGUCGAUUUAUUUUUACCCACUUUUUUCCAACUCUCAUCAACUAGGGAAUUUAUGGACAAGUUGCAAGAGGUCAUCUCGAGAGAAUAUGAUACGUCGCAAGCAGAAAAAUUGGUGCAAGAUUUGGCUGAAGAAGCUGGGAUUCGUAAAACGUUUAGUACUACUGUUUUGACGGCUUUAUCCGGUGAUUUGAUGGUCUUUCCACGUUACUUUUUGAACAUGUUCAAAUACAAUGCAAACCCACCAAUGAAUGUUCCAGGUAUUUGGACUAGAGAGGACGAUGAUUUGUUAAGGAAUGGAAAUCGUGACGAUGUUAAAAUGCUAAUACAGAAGCAUCGCUCAGCAAGAGUGGAGAUGAGAAAGAAAUUUAUCGAAAGAGACUUGAUUUGA